CCUUCGUCCUAGUGGGGGCCAUCGGACAUCACGGGCCUCCCUCUCGAUUCCGGUGCGACGGGCAGCUCCGAAGAGGCCUCUGUGGUCCCCACGCGUGGCUGGGUUCCCCACCACAGGCAGGGGUCCCCACUGUGGGCCCGGGUCUAAGCUGUCAGCCGCUCCCCACUUCGCUGGAGGAGCCGGACACGCCCAGUACCGACUCCAGGUGAACUGCGGCUCAGCACCUGUUGGCCGCAUGGUCCCCGCGCGGCCCCUGCGCACCCUUUCUCAGCCGUUGCGGGCGUGGAGCUGCCUACUUUCUGCCUGGAUCUCUGACUCCUCACUUCUGUGGUCUCCUCACACCCAAGCCCUCGGGGUAUGUAGCAGCCAUGCCUGUGGACACCCUGAGUCCUGGAACCCCGGCCGCCCCCGCCCUACCUUUCCGCCUGCGGACCAAGGUUCCUGGCUACCUGCUACGGAGGCCAGCGGACGGCGCAGCUCGGAAACUCAGUGCUGUGGAGCGCCUGGAGGCCGACAAGGCCAAGUACGUCAAGAGCCUGCAGGUGGCCAACACCCGCCAGGAACCUGUGCAGCCUCUGCUGUCCAAACAGCCACUCUUCAGCCCUGGGACUCGCCGUACAGUGCUCACGCCUAGCCGCCGAGCCCUGCCUGGCCCCGGCCGCCGGCCCCAGCUGGACCUGGACAUCCUUAGCAACCUCAUCAACUUGUGUGAUAGUCCCGUGUCCCCAGCUGAGGCCAGCCGAACCCCUGGACGGGCAGAGGGAGCCCAUCAGGCCCUCCCAGCCACCCCUCCACGCCCGCCACCCAGUAUCGCUGCGGUCCGCCGCGUGGACGUUCGCCCCCUGCCUGCCUCACCUGUCCAGCCCUGCCCUUCACCAGGCACUACCGCCGCCUCCAGCCCAGGGAGGCCACCAGGUUUGCAACGCUCCAAGUCGGACUUGAGCGAACGCUUCUCUAGGGCGGCAGCUGACCUUGAGCGCUUUUUUAACUUCUGCGGCCUGGACCCAGAGGAGGCACGGGGGCUGGGGGUGGCCCACCUGGCACGGGCCAGCUCAGACAUUGUGUCUCUGGCGGGGCCCAGUGCUGGGCCGGCCAGCUCUGAAGAGGGCUGCUCCCGCCGCAGCUCUGCCACUGUGGAGGAGCGGGCUCGCGAGCGCGUCCCAUAUGGUGUGUCGGUGAUAGAGCGCAACGCCCGGGUGAUCAAGUGGCUGUAUGGUUUGCGGCAGGCACGGGAGACCCCAGCGGCUGAGGGCUAGCUCUACACUGGACUCAGGAUUUGGACAGACCGAAGGAGGGGAGUUGGCCUCUUGACGUCUCCUGCAUCCAUUUCUUGUUUCUGGGCAGACCAGAGGCAGCUCCCUUGUGUGAACUCGGUUUAGAGGCAAAGGCUCAGACCUAGACCAACAUUCUAUGACACGGACUGACCCUGCAGAGGGUUGCUCUUGACAAGGUUUUGUUUGUUUUUUUUUUUUUUUGACAUAUGUGUACCCUGCUUGGUUCCUCUAGUGAGGCUGAAUUUAGGGUGUUUAGGCCUCCCCACUGAGAGUGAGGAGCCAAGCCUGUGUGCCCAGGGGCUCUGUUUUCUUUUUCCUUCUCUGGCCUCUGUCCUUUGCUGACUUCCUCUUCCUUCCCCAGAGGGCCCUGGCUUCCUGGGAACUCACCCUGGGGUGGGGGAAGAGAGGAGGGGACCUGUUUACUGCUCUUCCUGGUCUUUGGCAGCUGGCCUAGGUGGCUAGACUACAGGAGGGACUAGUUAGGAGUCUGCACUGCCCUGACUCCUCUCCCCUUGGUUAAUAAAUGCUAGUUUUUCAAGCACUGGGCCUUCAGAUUCUUCUGUGUCACAGAAAGAGUGGGAGAAGUCUUGAGGUGGGGCCUUCAAAACUAAGUAAUGGUUCACCCAGGACCUGAAGGAGGCAGGAGGUCCGUGACUGGCCUGACCUGAGACUUGCCC